AUGCAACUGGCAGCAAAAUGUAGUGGAGCUGAGGCUACACACCUGGAGUUCCACCCGGACGCAAAGGACGACUGGGCUUUCUAUAUUCAUGCGUCGGUUCUGGACUUGGAAUUCACCUGCUCUGUCGUUGGAUCCGAUAAAUCGACCAGCAUCAAAUUGAGCACGGGCAGUCCUCACGUCUCAGUCCCCCUGUCCUCUCAAGACGGCCAGAUCACUGCAGAGUACUACGACAAGUACGACCUCGCUUCAGCGUACCAUGACUUCUUCCGCCAGUCGCUGGAGACCCAGCUGCGCAUUGCGACGGUGCUCUUCUGGUCCAAAUCUUCUAUCGCCUUCUCGCUUGCCUCCCAUGUGGCCGUGGCCACGGCUCCCAACUCCGAGGGACCUGGAUCUCGGAUUAAAAUGCAAGCAGUGGCGCUGGGCCGACAGCUAGCCAUGGGCAAAAUGACGGGCCCCAAAAUGGGCUAUGCCCCUGCAUUUGAAACGCAAUACAACCGCUUCCAGGAUAAGUCCGCCAAUGUAGACGACCGGCGCCAAGUAGGCGAGGAAAUGCUCAAGCAAGCCAGGAACAAGUUACAGCUGAGCACUGCGCUGCGCGACAUGGCCCUCGACGCGGGAUCGAGAAAUGGAAGGAGUCUCAGGUUCGAGGCCGCAUUCACGAUCAUUACGGCCGUGAUCGGCUUUGCAAUUGCCAUCGGCGGAAUCUUCAUCGGCGACCCGGCUGGAGCGGCCGGUGUCGCCGGGAAUAUCAAGGCGUCUGAGGAAGCGAUCAAGGAGAUCAAGAACGUCAAGAACACCUGGGAGGGGUUCAAGCAGCUCUUGCAAUCUGAUACCAUGAAGAAUCCGAAGGACUGCGGCAAGGCGCUGGCCGAUCUCGUUCCUACGGUCCACAAGUCCGUCAGUUCCAUCAUCAACCUCGAGAUAAACCCCAGCAUGAAGCUUCCCACCACCGAUAAAAUGUCUGGAGCUGAUGGCGACUCGGCGGCAAUCCAGUCCAUUGCUGCCUGGGACAAAUGGGACCUCGAGUCAGACGACCAGAUGCAGUAUCCUGUCAACCAGAAGAUCCAGGGCGCCUUUGCAUACCGUCUGGGACUCAGACAACACGCUGUGAAUGGAAAGCAGCACGCUCAGGCUCAGGCUGAAGCAAUCAAGGCAGGUCAGGGAUACGUCCGAGCCGGCCUGGAACUGUUUUUCGCGAAAAGCGACAUUGAUGAUCUGGAAAAUCUGGUCCAGCGCCUGACUACGGAAGAGAGUAGCUAUGAAGUUGCAAAGGCCAAGUUCUUCGACCGCCACCUCUUCUUGCGGACGGGCAUUUUCAUCGACAUGCUGAAUCUCAUCUGGGCGGAGAACAAGAUAGUCGUCGAUCCGCUCAAGACUGUUGCUGAUUACAAGGCGGAUUUGUCGCAGAUUCAGCACGAGAUUCAAGCUGCUCAAUCCAAGAAUUCAAGUGACUUUCAAGACUUUACCUACAGAGUCCCCCCUGAGCAUCUUCCUGCAAACUACAUACCCGAUAUUGUCGACCCGCUCAAAACCCGCCACUCUGCCAGCUUCGUGCUCACGCCUUACGUCCCCAGCGCAUCCUCUGGCUUGGAUCAUUAUAACCUAGCUGGCCCCUUCAAGGACGCCUCCCAUUUCCGUAUCUACGGCAUGGAAGUGACACUCGUCGGGGCAAAACUCACCAAACAGAACGACCAAGCCGUCACUUUGAAGAUUUUGACCUCGGGGACGUACGCCGAUGCCCAAGGAGACCAGGUAUACAAUUUCACUAGCUUGCCGCUGGAGCGUACAUUCAGGUACCUGACGGACGCGGAGGGCAAAAGGGGUGAGGUUGAGAUUGAGGCGAUCUACAAAUCUGAGAAUUAUACUAUGCCUACGCCCUUUACGCAGUGGAUGAUUCAGGUGAAGAAUCCGGAUAGUUUGGAUCUUAGUGGGCUUGAGACUAUUCAAAUUAUGUGGAAGGGGAAGGCUCGAUUUUAGAUGUCUACGUGGUCAGCUAUCUUAUAUAAGGACAGGAAGUUUGAAUAGGAUAUAUAGCCGCAAAUCCGUUCUUGAUGUUGGUUCCAACGGUGCAAAAUGAUAUCUCAGUUUUCUCUUUCUUCUCAG